CAAUACGCGCGGAAUUUAACUUGUUUGAAGUUGAGGAUUGUAUGCAGCCUAAUAUGGAGGUUGUUGAAGAUGUAAAACUAUGCCCUAAUAAUAGCGAUGCAGUGACUGUGCACGUGGAGGUCCUGGUGAAGGCUCACAGCACUGCCAAAAGAGAGGACGUGAAGGUUCAUGUGCUAGCAUUGCUCAACCGCCACCGGAUGGUGUUUGGGGACUAUAAGUGGGUUGAGUUCGAUGAGGACUUCCUGGCAAAACAUGUUGAGUCUGUAGCAAUCGUGGACACUGAACGACAGCCAUUAGAUCUACAGAGUUGCUGUCUGUCCAUUCACAUCUUUACACUUUAUGAUGAUGGAGUGAGCACACUGAACCUGGAGGAGGAUGAGGACCUGUCAGCAGCAAACCACUGGCUCUUACCUGCAGCUGAAUUUCAUGGCAUUUGGGAAAGUCUGGUGUAUGAGAAUGGAGUCAAGAAACAGCUCCUAGAUUAUGUCUCAACAACAAUUUUCUUCUCUGACAAAAAUGUGGACAGCAACCUGAUUUCAUGGAACCGUGUUGUAUUGCUUCAUGGACCCCCUGGAACUGGAAAAACCUCUCUCUGUAAAGCUCUGGCUCAAAAACUCUCCAUUCGAUUGUCAAACAGGUAUGCUUAUGGCCAAUUUGUAGAGAUUAAUAGCCAUAGUUUGUUCUCCAAAUGGUUUUCUGAGAGCGGUAAACUUGUUACCAAGAUGUUCCAGAAGAUCCAGCAGUUGAUAGAUGACAAAGAAGCUCUUGUGUUUGUUCUGAUUGAUGAGGUGGAGAGCCUUACGGCGGCUCGUAAUGCAGCCAAAGCUGGAACAGAGCCCUCAGAUGCUAUCCGUGUGGUCAACGCUGUGCUCACACAACUGGACCAGAUCAAAAGACAUCCAAAUGUAGUGAUCCUCACCACAUCCAAUGUGACUGAGAAGAUUGACCUGGCCUUCGUUGACCGGGCUGACAUUAAGCAAUACAUCGGACCUCCUUCAGCUGAGGCUAUUUUCAACAUUUAUCUUUCUUGUCUCGGAGAGCUCAUGAAGUGCCAGAUCAUUUACCCUCGGCAUCAGCUCCUGACCAUGCUGGAGCUGGAGACCAUGGGUUUUCAGGAGAACAAUGUAUCGGAGCUUAGCCUCAUUCUCAGGGAUAUUGCAGCAAAGAGCAAAGGACUUAGCGGGAGGGCACUGAGGAAACUGCCAUUUUUGGCCCAUGCCCUCUUUGUCAAGACCCCAACAGUCACCCUCGAGAGGUUCCUCGAGGCUAUGGACCAAGCAGUGAACAAACAGAUUGAAGAGAAGGCUAACCUGGUUAACUCUGUGUGAGUCUAGUUUGCUGCAGUUCUGACAAAUGCAGCUUUGCCAAACUCGUACCAACAAUGUGAUACAGAUGGUUGUGG